UCAGUCCUCCACUGAAGACAGCAGCAGAGCUAUCAUGAUGGCCUCACCCUUUCUGUUCUAUGUCGCCCUCUGUAUCGCCACCGUGCUCACCCUGCCACCUACUGAGCCGCCGCUGAUCCAUGACCACCCCUUCGUGGCCAUAUGGAACGCCCCCACCGACCGCUGCCAACAGCUUCAUAUUCCGCUGGACACCGCAGCCUUCCAAGCAGUGACCACACCCAAAGCCACAUCCGGUCAGUUCCUCACCAUCUUCUACGAGGACCGCCUCGGUCUCUACCCUAAAGUCGACAUCAUCAAGCGCAAGCGCUACAAAGGUGGAGUGCCCCAAAAUGGCAACCUGACGGAACAUCUGGCCAAGGCCCAAAGUCAGAUUGAUCACUACAUCUCCCAGGAUUCCUCUCCUGGUCUGGCUGUCAUCGACUGGGAGUCCUGGCGCCCCUUGUGGGACCAGAACUGGGGAUCGAAACGUAUUUAUCAGAAACUGUCCAUCUCUCAUGCCCUAGAAAUAGCCCCAUUUUUAUCCUUUAAGCAAAUUUCCAAACUGGCAAGGAGCCAGUUCCAGAGUGCCAGCCGGCGCUUCAUGGAGAGAACCAUCAGCCUUGGUAUCGGUGAGCGCCCAAGCCGCCGCUGGGGCUUCUAUCUGUUCCCCGACUGCUACAACUACGGCUGGGACAAGCCCAGCUACACGGGUAAGUGCUCUGAGAAGAUCCAGAAGCAGAACAACCAGAUGCUGUGGCUGUGGGAGCACAGCACCGCCCUCUUCCCCUCUGUCUACCUUCACCUGACUCUGAGGAACUCCCCCCGUGCUGCACUUUAUGUCCGCAAUCGUAUCCAGGAAGCGCUGAGGGUGGCGGCACUACCUAAACGUCCAUACACGGUGCCAAUCUACGUCUACUCCAGACCACUGUACCGGGACCAGACGAGGCAGUUCCAGAGCCAGGCAGACCUGGUGAGCACUGUAGGAGAGUCUGCAGCUCUGGGAGCGUCAGGAGUCGUCAUGUGGGGAGGAACCAAAGACUACAACAACAAGGCUGCCUGUCAGGCUCUGUCCGAGUACCUGACGUCCACCUUCAACCCAUACAUCGCCAACGUGACGGCGGCCGCCAUGCUCUGCAGCGAGCUGUUGUGCCAGGGGAAAGGCCGCUGCGUCAGGAAGAACUAUGACUCUGCCAUCUACCUGCACCUGAACCCCACCUACUUCAGCAUCAUGCGGGCCAACCGGAAGUACGUAGCGGUCGGUCUUCCCACCGCCGCCGACAUCGACGCCUGGGCCCAAAACUUCACCUGUCAGUGCUACGCAGGACGGAGCUGUUCACCCAAACUGGUGCAUCCAACCAAGAUCAGAAGCAUCUGGGUUUAACCUGCGAGGACAGCGUUCCCAGCAGUGUGAGCCCGCAGCUGAUUAUGUGGUUAUUAAUGCAAUGAAACUAGGCUACUGCUGAUGAUCUGAUAACAUUAUGCCCUCCUUUACAAUACGUACAUCACAAAGCUUUAUUUUUAAAAAUA